AUGGGCAACACACAACAAACUGUUUCAACGACAAAAGUACACAAGAGAGUGCAGACAGACGACUUAACAGUCACUCCUAUAUUUUCUGUGGGUACAAAAUAUAUAUCAGACUCUAUGAGUUCUUCUUCUAAUGACUCUCCUAUUCAAGAAAGCCCCUUGGCUUAUCUUAAGCCUUCCGAACCAUUGUACACAAAGACUGAUAAGAAAAGAAAAAGGUCAUUAGGGUUUCUCUCCCCGCGAUCAAGGAAAGGAAUAUCUAUCUUAAAAAAACGUUCGUCGUCUUCGACUCAAGUUAUCGACCAAGACGACUCUGUUGACUCUUCACCAAGGAAGAACACGCGCUCCAGUAAAAUGUUAGUCUUCAUCCAACAAACUUCAAAAACAAUUGAACCAGAAAUUUUGUAUGACUCCAAUCUGUCUGGGUUUGACUCAAGAGUGUUGAAGUCUGCAAUUUCAUUCAAAGAGAAUAUUAUAUUUGUUGUUGAAACAAGACAAGAGAAAUUCGGCUUUAUUCAGCAUGACAUUGUGACUCCACUCGCAAAGAAUGGACCAACAACUGUCACUUCAACUCAAAUGGAAUUGUUCUCGUACACCAAAACGUCGUCUUGUCCAACUUUCAUUAAGAGAAAAACGGAAUGCACUAAAGCUUUUACUGUACAUGGUGAUGAAUCUUCGACGUUACUGACAUGUUAUGGUGCCUUUUGGAUAGAAAAGAGUGGUGUUAUAAACUUCAAUUUUGUGAUGAAAGAUUUGUACGCUUUCUAUUCAGGAAUGGCAAACCCAUUGAUAUACAAAUCAUUCACGGAGAAAUCUGAAUGUAGCAGACUUCUUGUUCUCCAAGCUCUUUGA